UUUUCCCUGUAUGUGGCCUAAUUUUCUCCCUCUAUCUACAUGUAGAGAAACCACAUAUAAAGUGGGCAGACAACUCUCUCUAGCAAUGCUCACGUAUGUAAUACAGUGGUUCGUUGUACUACAAUUCUGGUCUAGUGACCCGUGUAACUAUCAUGAUCCUGAACAUGAUGAACAUGGUGGACACGUUUUCCAUAAACCUCGCCACUUGUUUCCCAUUAAUACGCCUCAACGUCACUCGUGCGAAAUAUCGUCAUGUAUAGAGAUGCCAAUGGUCCAAGGUUCACCCCCGGCACACCGGUAGCCUCCAUCCAUAAAAAUGACCACUAUAAAAAAAUUCUUGAGUAGAUUUAUAUCUACUUGUUGCUGCUUUCAGUUUAGUCUGCCAAAUAAUUCCCCUUUUAUCGUCGGUUCCUCUGUUGAUUUUAUAUUUAGUUUAACUACACUGGAUCGAUGGUUGAAGUUCUGUUAAACAUAUCAUUGACUUGGUACACAUUUCAUUAGGAUGAAGCCGCUAUAUAAUUCUAUAGAUAUACCAUCAAGAUUUGCUAAUUUUGCAAUUCGGUAUCUUUUGUACUUUUGUUCGACUUAAUUUUAAUCUUAAGACUAAGUACAUAAGCAUGAUCUAAGUGCUGCUCAGCAAAGGCGCAAGUGCAUAACUACCUUGUUAGCUAAAGGCAUUGACUGAUCGGAAAAGAAACAUGACCAGUCCAUUCACUGAUGGCUUUAAACCGGACUCGUACAGCACAACCCUAAUCCAAGUUUCCAUAGAAAUGUCAGACAUUAACAUCCGUCAAAUUUGAUUUCACAUCAUUUGCUGCCAUCGCCAGUAUUGAUACAUGCACGAUUCUCCGCUUAUCUACAAAGCACCUGGGAUAUUCAGAGUGAGCCUAGUAUAAUAGUUGAAACAGAUGCAAGCAUAGAGAUUGACUGGCUGCCGUUCACUGAUCCAUAGGUAACGGUACCUGGACAAAGAAAACAACGGGGAAAGACUAAUUAAUAUUGAAAGACCUAGUUAUGUCCGGGGAAGGCACAGCGACUUUACACAAAUACCUGUCACACAUUGGCCAGAAAUUAGUGUCUGUGUUUGUUAGCAUCGAGUGACAUUGGUGCAUAUAUGCACGCAGGAUUUCCUCUCGGACAAAUUCGCCAUGUUCUCUUCUCCUGAUGGGGACCUGGGUUUUAGAGGUUUGAACAAUACACAAACGAACGACGAAUUUGCCAUGAGGCUAAGCAGCGAAUUGUUUACCACAGCUUGGCCAAAAUGGCUUUUCCAGAUUCUUCUUAUUAUCACUGGGAUAACUGGAAACUCGUUGAUCAUCGGCAACUUUGUACAACGACGAAAGAUGAGUGUAGCAAACUUCUAUAUCCUUUUUCUGGCGUUCGUGGAUCUAUUCAGCUGCUGCAUUGUGAUUCCGCUUCAUAUCACCCAAACGGCAAAUUACUUCAGCUUUUAUGACCAAACCGCUUGUAAGCUGGUGGAAUGGAUGAAACAAGCCAGUCUGGCGGCGUCGGCUAUUGUCCUACAGGCCACGGCCAUUGACCGUUAUCAGGCUGUGUGUAAACCUUUCGUUUGGCGAAGGAUUGGGGCUGUAAGAAAGCUUUUCACUCUUUCUGUAUGUGUCCUGUUAGGAAUAACACUAACAUUACCCGUGUUUUUCAUCGUGGGAAUACAACGCUAUGUUGUAAAUGUUUCUGCAGUAAGAGCUUUUGGAUUUUCGGCAAAUCUCUACGAGAAUGUGUCUUUCAACCAAUCUUACAUUUAUACCUGCACACUUCUUUAUGCUAAUCAAGGAUCCUGGAAAAGUCAAAGCGUCACUUUUAUUUCACUUGUCAUUUUCAUUUUCCUGGUAACAGUGACCAUGGUUUCAUAUACAAGUGUAUAUAGAAUCAUGAAACGCAAAUUGAAUGUCGGAGGCAAGAUGUCUUGGACAACAUCGAAUAACUCGGUGCAACCAGCCGAGGAGGACAGACACACGGAACCAGUGUUAGAUGUCUCGUCAAACAACGCCAGUAGCACCAAUGUGGCGCGUACCACCGAUGGCGCUAGCACAAAGCAACAGCCGUCUUCACGAGACACAAGCAAUGGUCGUCGAGAGACAAGUAUUCGCACUACCCAAUACCGAGCAACAAAAGCCCUCGUGGUCGUCACAGCCUUGUUCAUCAUUUCAUGGAUUCCAUUUUGGAUAUCAGCAAUUAUUGCAUCUUUCAAUCAAAGUGCAAGUACUUAUUAUAGUAUCAGCAAUCAGAUAUGGAAACAGUUUUUCGUCGAACUCAACCUUGUAAAUAACGCUUUAAAUGUGAUUGUCUAUUACGUGUACAACCGUAGUUUUCGUCAAUAUAGUAAAGACGUAUUACGACAAUGUAAAUGUAAACUAAAGAUAAAUGCAAAAUUGUAAGUUUCGACAUAAUGUCAACAUUUGUUUGUCUAACAGCUGUAGAGUCCAUCAUAGGAAAAGUAUCAUACACUUGUGGUAAUUCUCCUUGAUCAUCGAUUUCAUACCCAUAAUUUAAGGUUGCUUUCAACACAUAUUCGAUCACAUCAGCAGUCGUUUUUCCUUAGAUAUU